UUUACCUUUACGCAACAACAGCUAGUCAGCCAUCUCGGAAACCAAAAUAGCUGAAACGUUAAAACUCUCUAUACACUUUCUGGUAUAUUAGCCACGGCAUUUGGUGGACACAUUUCUGUCGUCUAGUUAGUUAUCCGAUUUCAUUUUAUAUUUAGUGUGUUGUUGUUAUUAGUCAGCUAGCGGGCUGGUUAAGUUAGCAUUAGCAUAGGUAGCUAUUAUCUCCGACCAUGAGGUCACGAAGCUACUCUCGUCCUGCUAAAGAAGAUGAGGAGGAGGAAGAAUCUCUCGUCAAAGAAGAGGAGGAAGAGGAGGAUAUCACAGUAAAAAAAGAAGUAAAGGGUGAGGCUGUUACAGUGAAAGAAAAAGAGAAAGACGUUACAGUGAAAGAAGAGGAAGACGCGUUCAGAGUGAAAGAGGAAGAGGAGGAUGUUACAGUAAAAGAAGAGGAGGAUAUCACAGUGAAAGAAGAAGAAGAGGAGAUGGACGUUUCAGUGAAAGAAGAGGAAGACGCGUUCCGAGUGAAAAAGGAGGAAGAUGUUAAGGAAGAGGAAGAUACCGUUUUUGGUGUGAAGGAGGAAGGAGAGAUAACUGUCAUAUUGGAGGAAGAAGAGGGGAUUGGAGAUCUGAUUAACACCAGAGAGACACGUGACAAUCGUGGAUCCUCCGGGGAGCCUCAACAACAUCAUGAUGCUGACGAGGCAGAGAAGAGUCUCUCCAGAUCAAAACACCUCAAGAAAAAACUGCGGAGACCCACAAGGAAAAUAAUUCACUUCUGCUCUGACUGUGGGAAAGGUUACAAAUAUUCAUUAGCUCUUAAAAAACACAAGAGAUUCCACACUGGAGAGAAAUUAUACCACUGCUCAGACUGUGGGAGGAGGUUUACUUCCUCAGUCGGAAUGCAAUUACAUCAGAGAAUACACACUGGAGAGAAACCAUACCACUGCUCAGAAUGUGGGAUGGGUUUUACUACCUCAUUUAGACUGAUAUCACACCAGAGAAUACACACUGGAGAGAAACCAUAUCACUGCUCUGACUGUGGGAUGAGUUUUACUACCUCAGGUGGAAUGAUAUCACACCAGAGAGUACACAAUGAGAAGAGUUUUGCUGCCCGGGCAGCCCUGGCUACACACAAACGAAUCCACACUAAGGAGAAACCGUUUCACUGCUCCGACUGUGGAAUGAGCUAUAUUUCCUUCUGCGGCCUGAAAACACACCAGUCUAAACAUACCGGAGAGAAACCGUAUAGCUGUGAUGUAUGUGGGGAUAGUUUUUCUCUCGCCACAACUCUAUCUAUACAUAAACGAACACACACAGGUGAGAAACCGUACCGCUGCCCUGACUGUGGAAUUAGCUUUUCUGCUUCAAGUGGCAUGAGAAGACACCAGAGAAAACAUACAGGAGAGAAACCUUACAGCUGUGAUGAGUGUGGGAAGGGUUUUCUUAGAUCAGACUCCCUGGCAAAACACAAGGCAAGAGCCACAGAGUGUGGAAUGACAUCUGUGGAUUAGGUGAAAGAGGGGGUUGAGGUCAGGUAAGAUCCCCUGAAGGGAGUAAUAAGGGUUUAGUAUCCUGUUUACCCUCUUCCUGUCGAACCAGAAGAUGUAAGGAUUGGAGAGAAGGACGAGUGUCCAAAGUGGGGUAUAUAUACUUGUGAUGGUGAGAACAUGUUUUUGUCUGAAUUUACAUCUGUAACGACCCGAUGGGAAUAAUUAAAACUUUGUUAAGCUUC